AUGGGAGCCCAGCAAGUGAAAGAACGGCACGCAGCGGCGGCGUCCUCGCUAGGAGCCGGCAGCUCGAUACGCUCCAGUCGCAGCAAACCACGUUCAUCAAAGGAUGCGCGGACCCUUGGCUCGAACAUAUUCACCGAACAUAGCGAAGCACUGCUUCAAUCUCGACCGCUCCCACAUGUACCUCCUCCGGGAAGCUUGCUGCCAACAGACUUACUAAGCCAAAAUCAAGAUGUAUCCGAAAAUCACUCUGGUACGAUACAUUCACAGGGAAGUUCAAACACAGUGCAGUCCAGCUUUGAAACUGCACAUCGGUGGACAUCGAAGGAAAAUCUGCUUGCUCCAGGGCCAGAAGAAGAUGAUCCGCAGCUGUUUGUUGCUCUGUAUGAUUUUAAAGCCGGAGGAGACAAUCAACUGAGCUUGCAGAAGGGAGAGCAAGUGCGAAUACUUUCUUACAACAAAUCUGGCGAAUGGUGCGAAGCUCAUUCCGAUUCUGGCCACGUUGGUUGGGUUCCGUCCAAUUAUGUGACGCCACUCAACUCACUGGAGAAGCAUUCAUGGUACCAUGGUCCGAUUUCGCGCAAUGCUGCCGAGUAUUUGCUCAGCUCUGGUAUCAAUGGAAGUUUCCUAGUAAGGGAAAGUGAGAGUUCUCCCGGACAGCGUAGCAUCAGUCUGCGGUACGAUGGACGCGUUUAUCACUAUAGAAUAUCGGAGGAUUCGGACGGCAAGGUAUACGUAACGACGGACGCAAAAUUUAAUACAUUGGCCGAACUGGUGCAUCAUCAUAGUGCAUUACACGAAGGGCAUGGUCUGAUAACACCGCUACUGUACCCUGCGCCGAAGCAAAACAAGCCAACAGUGUUUCCCCUGAGUCCCGAACCGGAUGAGUGGGAAAUAUGCAGGACAGAUAUUGUGAUGAAACAUAAACUGGGGGGUGGCCAGUAUGGGGAAGUCUAUGAGGCUGUAUGGAAGCGCUAUGGUAACACGGUGGCCGUAAAGACGCUGAAGGAAGAUACGAUGGCGCUUAAGGACUUCCUAGAGGAAGCUUCUAUCAUGAAGGAAAUGAAGCAUCCUAAUUUGGUUCAGCUGAUAGGAGUUUGUACAAGAGAACCGCCGUUUUAUAUCAUCACCGAAUUUAUGAGCCAUGGCAACUUGCUAGAUUUCCUGCGUACAGCUGGCAGAGAAACGUUGGAUGCAGUGGCGCUGUUAUACAUGGCCACACAAAUCGCCUCUGGGAUGAGCUAUCUGGAGAGCCGAAACUUUAUCCACCGAGAUUUGGCUGCGCGAAACUGUUUGGUUGGUGACAACAAUUUAGUGAAGGUGGCCGAUUUCGGGCUGGCCCGAUUGAUGCGUGAUGACACAUACACCGCUCACGCCGGUGCUAAAUUUCCCAUCAAGUGGACCGCCCCGGAAGGUCUGGCAUACAAUAAGUUCAGUACCAAAUCCGAUGUAUGGGCCUUCGGGGUUCUGCUUUGGGAAAUAGCAACUUACGGUAUGUCACCUUAUCCGGGCAUUGAUCUGACCGAUGUGUUUCACAAGCUGGAAUCAGGUUAUCGAAUGGAGCGACCUCCUGGAUGCCCCCCGGAAGUGUACGAUCUGAUGCGAAAAUGCUGGCAGUGGAAUGCCCAGGAUCGUCCAACGUUCAAGAGCAUUCAUCACGAUUUAGAACACAUGUUUCAGGAAUCUUCCAUAACUGAAGCCGUCGAGAAACAGUUACAAGGGGUGUGCAUGGUUCCUCCGCAGCUUACGCCGCAAAUGAGCAAGAAACCUCACGUUACCAUGCAACAGCAGGCUAUGAAUGCCUCACCACCGCAGCAGCAGGCUCUACUACAGCCGCAAUCACUUUCCCACGAACAAGCUACAACUCCGAUCUCUGAUUCAGGGUCAGGUUCGAAGUUUAGUACAUUUGGGAACAAGCAGCCAACGACAGCUGGUGUACAAAUGCGUCGAACAACUAACAAGCGUGGUAAAACUGCACCAGCACCACCAAAAAGGACUAGUCUAUUGUCAUCGAGCCGUGACUCAACCUAUCGCGACGAUGAGAGUUGUAAAGCGGGAGACUUCGAGCAGAAUGCCAAUGGUUUUACUCGGGACAUGGUGAGCCUUAUAAACCGAGGUACCGAUUCGGAGAACGAGCAUACAGAAGUUACACCCGACACUGAUACGGACAAUCAAGAACCGCUUGGCUUCCAAAAGCCGUUUCAACAAAGCUCUUUCAAACGAGCUCCAAUUAUGGGCAACCGUGGACUUGAAACGCGUAGCAGUAAACGAUUGUCGUCACAACAAACGCGACGCGAUCAAACGCCGCCUAGAGUUCCAGCGCCAAGUCAAACAGGUGUAGGUACCUCUGGACUACCUCAUCAACCGAUAUUGGGGGCACUAGAAGUGCAAAACGUGAAGAAAGCAAUCAAUCGAUACGGAACGCUACCAAAAGAUGCUCGAAUAGGAGCCUAUCUUGAAUCUUUACGCCAAAGCGAUGGAGCCGUGGUACAUCAACAUCCGGUCCAGCAAUCGUCACACCAACAGCAGGUUAGCGGACCCGGUUCUGGCAAACAGCUAACGAAUCAAAACACGAUGCUGGUUUCAGAAUCGCUACCACCACCAAUAACGGCAACUCCCAACGUUGUACCAAAUAGUAUAUUGGUGCAAAGAAGUCAAGCAAUUAAGUCACAACCGCAAAUGAUUCGUAGCAAUUCAUCCAGUGGCGUGACAAUGUCCAACUCAGCAACAGCUAGUCUCUCGAAAUUGCAGCGCCAUCGCACGACUACGGAUGGGUCGAUGAUGAGCUUUUCUUCUUUCCGAGGAGUAGUUGGAAGCAAUAGUCCAAAGCGAACCGUUCAACCCACUUUAGCAGAUCUAGAGUUUCCACCACCACCCGUCGAUCUUCCUCCGCCACCGGAAGAGUUUGACUCGCCGUCCGAUCAACGUGGUUUAAGCAUGGAUCAAUCUGUACCAUCAGCUAACGAUGUGAGUAACACCGAGCCGAGUGUUAAAGAAGCCAGCUCGCGGUUCGGUGUGAGCUUGCGCAAACGCGAACCUUCCAACGAUUCAUGCAGCUCGCUGGGAAGCCCUGCGGAUGCCGCAGCUAACGGUGUAGUUGAUCAAUCAUUCUUGGCACUGCCUCCGAACCACAAUGACAUGAAAAUGGAUGCGAAAAAAGGCCCUCCAUGCAAAGAUGCGACGUAUGUGCCAAAAUUUUUGCAGGCUGAAGAGAAUAGUUGUAAUAAUGGAAGCAACAAUGAAAAAAGUAUCAGUGGUGCUGUAAUAGAUUCGUCCGACGCAUCAUUACAUUUGGCCAGUGAUUCAUGCGAAGUUUUAAAUCAACCAAAAGCGACAUCGCCACUUCAUCCUUCUGAAGCUCCUCAGCCGAUAUCCCACUAUAAAUCGUCCGAUGUGGUUAGUUCCCUGCGGAAACCUGUACCAGUAUCCAAGUCCACCAUCCCUGCGAGCAGAAAAACUAACCUAAGUAGUUGUAGUUCUUCUGCCGAGCCACCAUCUUUCAAGACUCAGCUGAAAAAAGUGGACCCGGGAGCUACAGUGAAAAAGGAAGACAACGCGGCCAGUAUAAUUGAUUUUAAAGCUAGACUUCGUAAAGUGGAUCCAAAUAAUGUUGACUUGUCCAACAAUGGUGCUGGAGUCAGCGGAUGUGAUCUUGAAGACUCGUUGUCAGUGGACAAUAACAACAAGCAUCAGCAACAUCAUCAUGGAAGCAGCACUGUUAACAGCAUUCACAAUAGUAACGUGAGCAACAAUAGUAAUGGUAAUGUUUUGAAUAAUAACGAUAAUUCAGCGUCGUCGUCUUCUUCUGAGAACGAACAUCAUCGGGCAAAGGUAGAAGUUGGCGAUGCGGUGAAAAAAAAUGGCACCAAUUUCGGCGUUUUCAGCAAAGCUCAAGUAGAUCCCAGCAAUGAGCUGAUCCUAGAGAACAACGCACUCAAUUCGCUCAAAUCAAAAAAGACAAAUUGUCCGUCGAUAGUGACAGGCCUAGCGCCGAUUGAUAGUAACAAGGUGAUUGAACUAAAAAAGACUGAAAUCAAAAUUGAGCUGAGUGAUGAUCGUAAACGGGAAAGUUUAGAGGGUAACUCACUCAAGUUGGAUAGUGGCGGUAGCAGUGGCGACAACCUGUCCACCGGAAGCAGUGGAGCGGGCGCCGAAGAAGGGGACAGUAAGCGAAAGAGCACGGGCAGCAUUAGUAGCUUAAAAAAGCUAUGGGAAGCAAAGGAGUCGCCAAAUGAUCAACCGGUACAGCUUAGCCCAAAAAUGGGUACAAAAUGUGUCUCCAAUAUGAUACCUAGGAUGAACAAUAAUGUAGAAACAGACGACCAUCGCGAUAAUUCGCUCAACCACCACCAGUUCGAUCAAGCACAAUCGAAUUUACCUACAAGUGCAGCGGCAAGCUUAUGUGGUAACAAGAAACCAGCUGUUCCGAUGAAACCUUCCAAGUUUUCUUCAAUUUACGCAACUCCCAUACAAACCCAAGCUGCUCCUCCUUCAACCCUCGGUACAGGCAGUGCAGUGACUUCAACUAGCGCGGCAUCAUCCGGUAACGUCGCUAAGCUGAGUGAUAACAUUACACAGACAUCUGACAAAUCAAUGCCAGCACCGUCAGCAGCACCAGGCGAAAGAGAACAAAUUCUGGAACAAGUUCAGCUACUGCAGGAUAGUUUAAAGUUAUCGGUGGCAACAAUUUCUGGUUCUCAAUGGUUGGGUAUGAGCGAUCGCCUCAAUUUACUGCAAUCGUACUGCAUCGCAUUUGCCGACAACGAAUCUCUACCACCGCACGCCAAGUUCCAUUUCCGAGAGCUGGUGAGUCGUGUUGAAAAUCAGUCGCUAUCUCUGCGGUCAGCAAGUAACAGAAACGUCAAGGACAACGAAAAACUGGUACUCGAGGUUGGUCAAUCUCUGAAGCAAAUAUCAAAUGCCUUGCAUAGGUAAUUUCCAGUAAAAUUGUUUGACUUCGAUGAGCAAUUUUAGUUUCACUUUAGUUCCGAUGCGGUAUGUAAUCGAAGGAGCAAAAUAACAGGCAGAAUUCCAGACCGAUGGCAUAAUAUGUACAUAUUUUAAUGAGCAUAUGGAAUUUCUUUUGGUAUUUUCUUAACGUUUCUAUUUCGGUUACAUUUAAAACUAUAAAACCAUGUUUUGUUUUCAAAGCACAAGAUUCUUCCUAUCACUUACAUGUGAUAGAAUUUAUUGUACCGUGAUUUUGAACAUUUUCUUCGGCUCCUGGUGCAUGACUCGUUUAGCAUUGAAAUCGACCUUUGAAUGAGGCUGUAUCUUUGGGAUCCUUACGAUUAAAUACAUCGCGCUGCAGCAGUAUGUGUAUAGAGGUCAUGGCUGUAUGGGAAGCAAUUUUAAACGUUUUAUGCAAAUAAUUUUAACAAUCUUCAAUUGGCUGCUAGGAGACAAAACACUUGCUCCUUUUAAAAAUGUAUCAUGACGUGGUACAGAUGCUCGAACGAGAUAAUGUAUUGCUUUUCAUUACAGGGUUUGCUCAUUUUGUGAAAUUUAUUAGCUGUGAGGAAAGAGCUAUUACAUGUCAUAUGUUUAUGCUCAAUAAGAUUGCCAAAUGAGUAAAUUUUAACAUUGAAAGUGCAACAUAGUUUUACCAGAACUUUGCAACAUGUUUUGAAAUGAUAAAAGCAAAACUUAACUAUGAUAUUGCGCUGCGUUUGCUUUUAUGAUGAGCUAUAAUUUUAAUCAUUAGGAAAUUAAACCUUUGCACUUGUAACAUAUUCAUAUUUAUUGAAACAUAUUUUUUCAUUUUGAGUCGUGAGAAAAAUAUGACGCGUGAUUGACGGAUAACAAUGUAUGGGCAGGAAAACAACAUGAACUUUGCAUCCGGCCGAAUGGAUGUGAAACGCAUUUGAAGACACUUUUAGUUGUAACGAAACAAAAUGUGUGGUUUGGCUUAGAGUCAAACAACCUUAGAAGACUGUAAAACAUGUCAUAUAGCACAGUGAAACCCUACUCUGUACCGUAUGAUAUUUAGAUUACGCAUCACCCAACCCGUGAUUAAUUUCGUGUCCGCUGUAACUCUAUUAUCAAAGUAUAUCCUUGAGCGCAAAGGAUCAUAAGCUUUGCAAC